AUGUUCGAAUGUCAAGUUAUUAGGAAACACCUACUCAUAGACAAAUAUUAUUAACUACAACUCUAUGAGGAUCGAAUCUUAAUUGGGCAAGAAAAUAGGCACCCAGCGAAAUACGAGAUAGCUUUAAAUCUAACUAAUCGCAUAAGUUGGAAAUUAAAUGAGAAACAAGAGAUCAUCGAAUUUGGAAUCAAAUACAAUAGUAACACAAAAUGGUUUGCAGGUAAGCAUGAGAAUUUUUAGAAAAUAAAGCAAUUGCUUACUAAUAAAAUAUAUAAUCACAGUAUAUCCAGUUUUUAUCAGUCAUCUGAGUUAAUUGGAUCAGGAGCUUCCAGCAAAGUCAUCACUAUAUUGGAUUAGAGUAAAGUUAAAUAUGCUGCAAAAUGUAUAAGCAAAGAUUACAUCACUAAAAAGAAGACUCCAGAUCGUUUAAAUCGACUUAUAAGUGAAAUUACCAUCCUAAGAUCUUUGUUGAAUCAUCAAAAUGUGAUUUAAUUGCUCGAUAUAUUUGAAGGUGAGUCUACCUAUUAUCUAAUUUUUGAAUAUCUCCAAGGAGACACACUUCACAAAUUCCUCAAAUCACAAUCAAAACCUCUCUCUGAAGAGAUGAUUCGCACCAUCUUGGCAUAACUACUUCAAGGAAUUCAAUACAUUCAUUCAAAUAACUACAUUCAUAGAGAUAUCAAAUUGGAAAAUAUUGUAUUAUCCACUAAACAAUGUGUUCAAAAUUUGAAGAUUAUUGAUUUUGGUUUGGCCAUCUCCUCCACAGUAUUCACACCUUUUGCCAUCUGUGGAACCCCAGGGUACAUAGCACCUGAAAUCCUUCAAUACAAAGAAUCCAGUUAGGGAUAAUUUCGAUUCACAUCAAAAGUUGACAUGUUUGGCAUUGGUGUUAUGCUCUACAGAAUGAUGACUAGGAAGUCACUCUUCGAUUCAGAACACACCAAAGAAUUACUUUCUCUUAAUCGAAAAUGUCAAUUGCCUAAAUUCUCUAUUUCUGGAUACUCUAAUGAAUUGAAUAAUCUUUUGUUUGGACUACUUGAAUCAAACCCAAUCAAGAGGUUAUCAUCAGAGGAGGCAUUGAUAAUCAUGAACAUUACCCAAAUGACUCAGGAAUUGCAAUUCUCCUAAUUCACAACUUUUCAAUAUGAUUAAGAUGAUUUUGAAGUCGAACACUCUAUAGAUUAUGCUAAUGCACCUUAUCAAUUCCCUAAUAAAUUCCUGAAAUAUGAAUUGGAAAACAGUUUCCAUUGCAAUGAAGAUCAUAAGCAUUCAAGCUUGCAUAAAUCGUUCAAACUUUCAUUCAGUCUAAGAUUAAGUUAGGAAAUUCCCAAAUAAGACUUUAUUAUUGAAGACUUUCAAAAUGUACCCUCAUGA